CUUAGAACGACAAAAAACAUCAUCAUCCGAGAAAGAUAUACCGCCCACGAUGCAGAUUUCGCUUCUUACCAACAUCUUCCUGGCCCUCUCGGUCUUGCAGCUCGCAGCCUGUGCACCGGAGCCUAAGAACUUCCUUCCGCUUCCGGGUACCGCAAACACGAAAUUAGAAGUUCGACAAGUCUCCGCCACACCCUCUCAGGCAGAGCUAUGUCUCGACUACCAGACCACAGCCAACAUGUCGACGAUUGGCGCCAAUAGCUCAUACCGCACCGUCAUCUUGCAAAGAGCACCCGUCGGUACCCUCGUCAGCGCGGGAAUGCUGAAUGCGGCCAUGGCUAAGCUGCCCGCCCUCACGGCUGAUCCCGAUCUCAACCUACGGUGUGGAAACUGGACUGAAAUCGCGGUUGUCGAGGCGGCAAAGAACUUUUCAAUGGGCAUUGUCGCGCAAUACGAGACUGCGGGCCUGCCAGUCGGUAUCAAAGCUGGACCAGAGGUUCUCAUCAUCGUUGGUGUUAUUGCCAUGCUCUUCUCAGUUGUUUGGGUCUUCCCUGGUUAAAUGGGAAGCUUGGCUUGGAGUUGUAUGAUAAGGUUGAGGGUUGAGGGCCGGAUAAGAGAGAGGUUAUUGGGGGCUGCUGUAGGAUAUGCGUGGAGGUGUUGCAGGAGGGGGCAAGGAAAUCAAGUCGAGAAUACCCGAACGUGCUUACUACAAUCAAUUACUACGCUUUCAUGUUCGCAUGAUA